AUGGCAGGUGCUAAAAUUCGAGUUUGUUCAUGGAACAUAUAUAACGAUAUUUGGCAUUCUGUUAAUGAUAAGGUAGAAAAUAAAACUCACGCAUAUUUUAGAAGUAUUUCCAGGUUGAAUUUUAUUCAGGAAAUGUUGCUGGAUGGACGUUUUGAUAUCAUGUGUCUCCAGGAGGUAGACCACAUUACAAUUACAGGAUUGAAAAAACAGAGCGUUAACCACAAAAUGACAUUAGUAACCUCACAACAAAAUUUCCUAGAAUCUAGAAGAAACAAUUGUUGUAUUAUGUUCAGGGAUAAUUUCAAAUUAGUUGCAAAAAAAGAUUUUAACCUGAAUAAUUCUGUGUCGACUCAUUUGACGAAUUAUGCUUAUGAGAACUUGUAUCAUAUCGAAGAUGCAUUCAUUAAAGAGCUGAGGGCGAGGAAUAGUACAGCCACGAUGAUUCUCCUCGAGUUGACAAGUAGAAAAGCCUUCUUAGGAAUUUGCAACUGCCACAUUCAUUGGAACCCAUCGUAUGCAGAUGUGAAGUUGUUUCAUACCUAUUUCAUUGUAAAGGAGUUUUGUCAAUUUGUCCAUACCACUCUCGUGGGGUGGUAUUCUUUCAUCCCAUUGCUAUUAAUAGGAGACUUCAACUCAACUCCACUUUUGAAAAUUCAAGGAGGCCCAGAGAACACCACGUUAAGUGGUGUAUACGAGCUAAUAACAACCGGGAAUUUGUCGAAAAAGCACCCUCACCAUCCGGCCCAGUUAAGGAAAAAUAAAGACUUCCAAAAUUACCCAGAUCUAAAUAUAGAUCCAUUUAAAAGUGUCUUUAAAGAGGUUAACGGAUCCGAACCAAUGUUUACUAACAAAACAUCAAAGUUCAGCGGGUGCAUCGAUUUUAUUUUUUACAAGGAGCUCAUUCCAAUUUCAGCCGAGAGUAUUCCUCGUAACUUGGGAAAAAAUGAAAUUUUACCCAACUCGAAUUUUCCCUCGGAUCACGUAAUACUGAUGUCUGAAUUUUUUCUUGUUUAA